GUGUCGAGCCCCCUGCUGAGUGUGAUACACUCCCAGUCCCCAGGACUGGAGGGACCCCAGUGCCCAAGACCUUCUCCCACAGCUCCUCAUGGACGGCCUGUCAUGAAGGGAGGAGCCAGCUGAAAGCACAUAAGCAGGUCAGGACACCAGGAUUUGGCCAGAAGACAGUUCCUCUCCUCCCCUCAGGACUUCGUGGAGACUGCUCUGCCAUGACCACAGCGCGGUACCGGCCCACGUGGGACCUGGCCCUCGAUCCGCUGGUGUCGUGCAAGCUGUGUCUCGGGGAGUACCCAGUGGAGCAGAUGACGACCAUAGCCCAGUGCCAGUGCAUCUUCUGUACCCUGUGCCUGAAACAGUAUGUCGAGCUCUUGAUCAAAGAAGGACUGGAAACUGCGAUUAGCUGCCCUGACGCUGCCUGCCCUAAACAGGGCCAUCUGCAGGAGGACGAGAUUGAGUGCAUGGUUGCCGCCGAAAUUAUGCAAAGAUACAAAAAGCUACAAUUUGAAAGAGAGGUGCUCCUGGACCCCUGUCGGACUUGGUGCCCGGCGUCCACGUGCCAGGCCGUGUGCCAGCUCCAGGAGAUGGGGCUGCAGACCCCGCAGCUGGUGCGGUGCAAGGCCUGUGACAUGGAAUUCUGCUCCGCCUGCAAAGCCAGCUGGCACCCUGGCCAGGGCUGCCCAGAGACCAUGCCGAUCACCUUCCUUCCCGGAGAGACCAGGUACCGUCCGCAGAGCUACCGCGGAAGGUGUGGGCAGAGGGCUGGGGAGAAGGAAGAGAAGGAAGUCGUUCUUCCUCUGAACAAUCUGGGGAAGAUAUUACCUUUUGGCUAUCCUGGAGGCUUCAUUUUCUUAUCCAAGGAUGAUUUCCUCCUGAUCCAUUACGAUAAAGGACCCUGCCGGAAUAAGCUGGGCCAUUCCAGGGCAUCCGUCAUCUGGCAUCGGACACAGGUCGUUGGCAUUUUUGCUGGAUUUGGGCUCCUGCUGUUGGUGGCCUCGCCUUUCCUGCUCUUGGCCACUCCGUUUGUACUUUGCUGCAAGUGCAAGUGUGGUAACGGUGAUGACGACCCGUUACCCCCCUAGAGGCGGGCGGGACGCUGGAGCAGGACCCCUGCCUCUGGGAAGCGUGGCUCUCCCCCACCCCACCCUGCCGUCCCCUCCCACUAAACAUCUUUCUUGCCUUAUGUGCCCCAUUGAGCUUCACAGUGUCACGCCGGACGCCGUGAUUUCAGGGACUGGUGUCGGAACGCUUGCCGAGGCCCUGGGUGCAGUGACCUGGGCGUGGGGAAGGCAGGCUGGCGUGGGCAGGGCACGUCGCCGCGGUCCACCUCUGCCGACUUGACAAGGGAGGUGCUGCACGGAGCGCGCCGGGCGGUUUUCUCCCAGUGGGGAUAGACUAGGAGUGUCUGGUGGUUGCUUAAGAGACCCUCUCGUGUGGAAUGUUGCCCGUCUCCUCCUUGGCCUCAAGGUGGCACCACAUUGCUGAGAGAAGAAGUCUUUUGAGGAUUACAACUCACUUCAGACAGAAUCCGAUAAUUCUGACUUGAGAAAAGCACUCUGUGUAUGACAACUGUUUUUAUUACUAAUGGCAUUUAGUAAAAUCCUUUCUAGAAGGUGUUUUUUUUUUUUCUCCAAUUGAGUAGUGAAAAAUCAACAAGGUGCACCUACACCAUCCUAUGCCUUUCUUGAAAUGUGCAUUUUAGGAAGAUACCGUUAAAUGACUCUCCUGGCUCGGCCACUUUUCAGGAGAUUUAGAAAGCCUUACGCGCGCUUUGUGUUUUUCUUGAAACUUGUAACGACGUCGUGAGCACUAUAAGCCGUGUACUGUUACAAACGUGGGUUCCUAUGUUGUUGCAUUUCUUUGAAAAUACUAAUGUAUUUAAAAGAGUAUCUUCAUCGUUAGAUUUUCCUCUUUCUUCCCUUCCUCUGUUUUGGGGCUUCUCUCUUCUCAUCCAGGUAUGAGCAAAUAUUUUUUAAUGUCUUUGGAAACCAAAUGCUUUACUCGGGAAUCAUUCUGCUGGGAGUCACUGUGGUUCGGCUGCUCGCCCCUGCCUCCUCGUGGAGACAGCGAGAAGAGAACAGUGCUAUUGGUCUUCACCAGCGGGGCUUCCUGGCAGGACUGGAGGGCUCCCGGGGACUGGGAGAGAAGCUUCCCAAUUUUCAGUGUUUGAAGUGACUAAGUUAUUUUGGAGAAAUCUGUGUCUUACACAGUUCCAAGUCCUGUCGCUAACCAUUUUGCCCCGCGGGAAAAAACCUCCCAUUUCACUUCGUUAUUUCGAUUAGGGGAUCUUACCAUUCAGCCUUUCCCGGGCUGUGGGUGACUGUUACCGCGGCAGCAGAAUGCACGGAUCGGUAAGACACAUGUGGUUCCAUCGGUUGACUUUAAAAAGUGGACAAAGCAUGUUCUUUACAGAGAGUUGGCUUGAAUAGGACUUUUAAAGCCACCUGUGCUUUUAAGGAGCAAGCUGAUGGCAUUGAACUUGGGACUUUGAAACAUAAUAGAAAGGCAAAUGUCGUAGAUUUAUUAUAGUGGCUCUUUUUAAAACUUACUACACAUUCCACAAAGGAGUGAAAUGGAAACAAAAUCAGACUUGUUUGCUUGUUGCAAGCAUAUUUGUAAAAUGUGGUGGUUUUUUUGUACGUUUGACUUCUACAUUUGUGUGUUGGCCGUGGGUCCUUGUUUGCUUGCCUGUGUAGAAACUUCUUCCUUGUUUCCUAACGUUUGAUAGGUCAGAAGAAACAGUAUCCGCUCGCUCACCAUCUGUAGUAUUUAUUAUCUUUAUGAACCUGAAGCCAUUAGGAAGCUAGUCAAAGUCACAUUCAGAACGUUCUCCUUACGACCACGGUUCAGUUUUUAAUUCAGUAAUGAAACAAGAGCACUCCUAAGAUCAUCUUUUCAGUGGAGCCUGGGCAGUGAGUCUCCGUAGCUCGAAUUGUUGCAACAGGUUCUGGUGGUAGAUGGCUUUCUGGAGAGGGUGACGUUCCAGGCAGGAGUCCUAGGAUCCAGUUGGUGGCCCAGCCAGACCCUUUAAAAUGCCUGUCAACGACAGCAGCAGGCUCGAGGCCCAGUUCCCAGAGUCCACGGGGCAGGCCUCACCCCGUCCUGGUCCACCUUUGCUGUGCGAGCUGUUUCCCAUUGCGUGUUGUACAAGUCCGCACAGUAGUCGUACCCCUUUCCUUUGGGGUGGAACCAGAGCCUUCGGGAGGGGUGCAUUCUUUGGGCUCAAGCUCAGAUGUCUUUAUUCCUGGCAGAUUUGGGCUGUUCGUCUAGCCUGGAGAAAUCCAUAAGCAAAUCACGCAUAUCCACAGCCUCAGCCAUCCUUGUGCCUUCACCUCUGACACGUUUCACAAGCGCGUGUUUCGACCCAGGUAGGGACCAAAGAGAUUCUGGGGCCGGCCACAGCCAAAGUCGCACCUGCUUGCUCUGAGUCUUUGCACCAAGCAUGCCUCUGUUUGCUUGGUUUGAUUUCAUAGUGACAUACCUAAACUCGUCCGUUCCUUAGGAAGAUACCAGCAGGAUUGCAUUGAGGUCUUACCUAAAUUUGCAUUUCCCCCACUGAUUCCUUUGAUUUCAGUAGGGAAUGCCAUUCCCAUCAUUCAUGGGGAUGUAGUAUUAAGCACGCAUGAUGUAAAAUGUAAGCAGAACGUGGGAAGAUGGCCCGCGUCUUGGAUUUUAACCUUGCCAUCACUCCCGGGUGAGACUGGGGGGUUCUACGUUUGGUAGGGGGACUGUUGUAUGGCAGAGCUUGUCUUAAUUGAAAAUCACAUUCACCUUCAUGGAUGGUUUUCAUUGCUGAUGUUCUGGAAGCACAUGUAUGUUUAUUUCUUUGGAGGCCUUGAAAUCCUGGAGGGGAGGGAAGAAGACCCUUAGACCAUGGCUGACUUGACUGGUGUCUGAUGGGAAUGGUGCCGGAAGCCGCGGCUGACCUUCCAUCAUCUGUGUCCCUCUGACCCCGUCGUGCCGUUUUACUGGACGUGCCUGGUCUCUGGGUCUGACUCUGUCAUGUACCGUGCAGCCCGGCCCUUGGGCUUUGAGACUCACUGGACGCCAUUGCCCCCCGAGGAGAGGUGCCGCAGAUGUUCACGUAGCAGAGACUGACUCGGGAUCUGAGCAUAGUCAGAUCCUUCGAUUGCAUGAGCCGCUGGCGGUCCAGAUCCGUUCUUUCUCACCCCCCAGGAGUAGCCGGAGACUGGGGAACCAGCAUGUAGCACCCUUUCAAAGGGGAACACAUUCUCUUUACAGCAUACGAUUCCAUAAAACCAGUGUAGGAACCAGGCUGCUUCCUGAUAAGAAUGCGGGGCCCACGGGGAAAGGGAUUCUCAGCUACACAAAACUUACUCCAAGAUGGGUCUGUCUUUUUCAUCUAUAUUGCAGAGUUAAAAGUUAUUUAACAGAUUUGAAGAGGACAUUUUCCCUUGGUAGUCUUUAAAAAUUAGGGGAUCGGAAAGAACCAGGGUGGGCUUUUUGUAUAUUUCUCAGAUUCUCAUUUAUUAAUAAAUACCCCUGUAUAUAAAUAUAAAUAUAUAUAUAUAUAAAUCACAGUGAAAUCAUCAAGGGAAAACAUUUUGCAUGUAUAAAGCUUCAUGAAGGUCUCUUUAAAAAAUACCAAAGCUUGUUUAUUCCUUCUAACCAACCCAAGCCCUUAUGAAAAUACGCGAAGCGAAGCGAUUAUGACUGGUGUUGCCAAAAAUGCCACAUGGAACAAAGGGCCUGCACUCAAACAUAGUUGCUAACGCGUCAGAACCAGGAGGGCAUGCUGUUCUUCCUUUGGUUUGUGUAAUCCUGUCUUCCACACUUCUGGGAGCCUUCGGUGGGGGGUAGGUGCGUGCCACACACCUGACCUUUCCUUCAUUCUUCGCUCACUUUACCAUGGUGUAUUUUAAUCUUGUAUAAACAUGCAUGAGUGGGACACACAUGUAUACAGUACGUAUUUGACAAGCGGUGGUAAAAACAAAAGUUUGGUUUGUGUUUUUUGAAAUGUCAGUCCACUUUGUGCCACUAACACUGUGAUGUAUAAAAGAGCUGUUUGAAUGCCUUUUAAUGUUGUGUUUUGUACUUUGGAAUCACAUGGAAAAGUUUGAUUUGUAAUUUCAAUACAUAUUUUAAAUGUAUUGUGUCUUACGUAGUUUGUCCCCCCUUUAGAAGGGAUUUCUUUUUAAAAGAGAUUUUGGCUGGAAUACAGGUUACUUUUGUAAAUCC